AUCUCAAGGAGUAGUAGAUCUGGCACGUGAAGAUACGGUGUGAUAAGAUCGCGUGCUUAUUUGGGUUUAUCAACAUCCGCCUAGAACUUUCUCAGUCUCAGUCUACACCACAACUUUUUUUGACUGUGUGUGUCUUUCCUGGUCACUGCUACUUCAUACCAGGUACCAACAGCUGAUGACAUCUGGCUUUGAGUCUGGUUAGAAUACAUUCAAUACUCCUCCCUGCUAGGCAGGGGUUUAUCACUCUUGUUGACAAUUCUGGCCUGUUUACAAGAACAGAAAAAAACAAUGUGGAUUCUCCGUGUCUUCUCCUCGGCCAUCUACCUGACCGCGAUCGUCCUCUCGAUCCCACUCGCCUUUGAUGUCGGCGGCAAAACUUGCGGUCUGGCCUAUUCGCUCUCUCUCGCCAGUUUCUACUUCUUCUUUUCACUACUGAAAUUGGCGACACCCGACUCGUCGCGGUUCAGGAGAUUAUUCGUCAUUCUCGUGGGGUCAACGCAAUGGAUCAUCGUGCCGGCGUUGUUGAUCUGGUCGCUGAAUUUGUUUUCGGUGGAUUCAAAGAGUCGCAACAAUACCAACGGGUCAUGGGUCGAUAGAUACACCAGCGGCAGUCAUGCAAAAGAAAUUGACAGCGGUUUAUGGAAUGGUAUUUCGACAUGGGUUUUUGGUCCUGGCGGUUUGGUGGAAUCGUUUGCUAUUGGGAGCUGGGAUAAGCUUUUGCGAUGGUCGUCGCCUUUCUUUCAGCUUGUUGAGGGUUUUUGCAGUCUGCUUGUUAUCCAGGCUGCUGGGCAAAUUACGCGUUGGCUGGUCAAUAGGAGUGGUGGUGAUACGUGGAUGAUCAGUCUCCUUGUCGUAUCUGCUUCGAUCAUUUCCAGCUCGGUCUAUUUCCUCUGGCGCAUUCUCCAGUUCCCCGAAAUUUCCAACGUGGAUGCCGCUCUUAUUGGUGUCGCGAUCACUAGCGCUGUCAUUUUGUGCGCCUGGGGAAUUGGAAGUGGUCGUGGCAAUGCAGUCGAGAGCUCGCUUCUCUUUGCUUACAUUGUCCUGUGCGUCUACCAGAUCUUCACCGACUAUCAACCAUCUGCACCUGUCGAGCAAGCUCCUCCAGCCCAAGCAGCGGAUUUUCCCCCUCUGCCACCUAUCAUCAUGGCGUCGUAUAGCACAUUGAUGAACCUGCUGUCGCUGCUACCGUCUAUUCUCCAUGCUGCGUUCAAUGUCAUUGCUGCCGCUUUCAGUGCCGUCACACCAUCGAUCUUGAUCACCCUUACCUAUCGCCUAUUCGUGUUCUACGCCUCCACGCGCAUUAUACCUGCAGUUCGCGAAUCCGGUGCCCGAGCCUUGUCGCAAGAAGCAUCACUCGACGACGAUGAUGGUGCCAACAAGCUUUUGGGCUUACUAAGCUGGUUUUCUCCCAGUAUACUCGUCGCGGUCUAUACCAGCUUAUUAAUGCAGCAUUUUGCCGCCAAUUCGCAAGGCGCAGCUGGCGGUGCAGCGGGUGGGCAGUGGUGGUUGAGUCAAGGGGAUGUAGGCUCGAAUUUCUGGCGAUGGAUUAAUUUGGCUUGUACGAUGGCGCUUUAUGCGUUUGAGUUGUGGAUUGCUCAGGAAGAUGUUGAUACGGGGCUGAUGGGGCAUUGGAAGACGGAUUGAUCGACUGACAUGAAAGUUUGUUUCGUGUUUUCUUUUAUACCCUUGACUGGGGAUAUAUCCAUAUGUGCAGCCCAAACCCUGCCAGUCUCAAUCACGACUCUGUAGUGAGUUCGGUCGCCCUUGGAUUGAUCAGAAAGACAUACGCAAUCUCUGAAUAGCCAGCACACAGUCAAUGUGCCAGAACGGGUCCAUUUCCAGACGCUCGCCGAUUUUCAGUUCUGUUCCACGUCUUGCCACUGUUGAAGCCGCACUUUUCGCUUCAUCCUCGCAACCACCCCUCCCAUUUUCUUUAUAUCUUCCUUUGUCAUGAUGAUACCCAACUAAGAAUGUCGCGUUUUCAUCCCUUCCGUCUUCCUACUUCUUACAUGUCAUUUCGUGAUGUAUUCGAUGAUUGACUGUUUACGCACUAACUCUGAGAGACGGUGCAGUAACCCUUUUACAUCCUAGCUAGCUAGAAGAACAAAACCCAGAACAAGAUCCUUU